AUGGCGGGUUUCAAAAUUGUUGCAUUAAUAGCUUCAGUGACGGCCCAAAUUGGAGCUUUUACUGCCCUUCUUUUGCAACUAUAUGGCCUUAUUCUCUUGUGGAAAAUUCACGAGAAACAAAAGAAGAAUACGAUGUUGAUAGCGCUUCAAAAUCGGCGCAGUUAUUUCUUGAGAAAGCUAAAGGUACUAAGGCAACGAAGGUUAAGACGACGUAAUAGAAGUUGUUGGUUUAAACCUGGCAGAUCAGAUCAAUGGUGGAUAAAGAUGAUAAAUGGCGAAGCACCUGAUGAAUUCUGGAUGAAGAAUUUCCGCAUGACCAAAGAAUCGUUUCUAGAACUUGAGACUGAGCUUAAACCUUACAUUUCACCCGAUCCCAGUUCACCUAACCACAGAGCACUAGAUAGUGCAAAGUGCAAAGAAACUGGCUGUUACAUUGUACUAUUUGAAAGACACUGGCUCCCUCAUUAUGACAGCAAAUGCUUUCG